AGACAUGGCUCCGAGCCAUUCUCCAGUCAGUCCUGGGUCACUAAGAUGGCCUGGGGAGAGGUCGAAACCCGUACUGAGACUGUCAGGAGGUCGCUGGAACCUCAACACCAUCAGCUGGGUCAGAGCCAGGCCAACUGGGCCCAGGAUGCAAGCCGCCAAACCCCAAAUCGCAGGCACCUAUGGGACAGUGUUCAAGGCCAAAAACCGAGAGACCCAUGAGAUUGUGGCUCUGAAACGGGUGAGGCUGGAUGACGAUGAUGAGGGAGUGCCGAGUUCUGCUCUUCGUGAAAUCUGCCUGCUCAAAGAGCUGAAACACAAGAACAUUGUCAGGCUUCAUGAUGUCCUGCAUAGUGACAAGAAGCUGACUUUGGUCUUUGAGUUCUGUGACCAGGACCUCAAGAAGUAUUUUGACAGCUGCAAUGGUGACCUAGAUCCUGAAAUUGUAAAGUCUUUCCUCUUCCAGCUGCUGAAAGGCCUGGGGUUCUGUCACAGCCGCAACGUGCUGCACCGGGACCUGAAGCCCCAGAACCUGCUCAUAAACAGGAAUGGGGAGCUGAAAUUGGCUGACUUUGGCCUGGCUCGAGCCUUUGGGAUCCCUGUUCGCUGUUACUCCGCUGAGGUGGUCACGCUGUGGUACCGGCCACCGGAUGUGCUGUUUGGGGCCAAGCUGUACUCCACAUCCAUUGACAUGUGGUCAGCCGGCUGCAUCUUUGCAGAGCUGGCCAACGCCGGGCGGCCUCUUUUCCCUGGCAAUGAUGUAGAUGACCAGCUGAAGAGGAUCUUCCGGCUGCUGGGGACACCGACUGAGGAGCAGUGGCCUGCCAUGACCAAGCUGCCAGACUAUAAGCCCUACCCGAUGUACCCAGCUACAACGUCCCUGGUGAACGUCGUACCCAAGCUCAAUGCCACAGGGAGGGACCUGCUGCAGAACCUCCUGAAGUGUAACCCUGUCCAGCGCAUCUCGGCAGAAGAGGCCCUGCAGCACCCCUAUUUCUCUGACUUCUGCCCCCCGUAGGCUCCAGGACUCUGGCUGCCAGGCUGGUGCCUGGCCUCUUUAAGCCCCUCCCAGGAGGGGAGGAAAAGCAGGGGACACAUGGGGUGCUGAGCCUCAGCUGUGCUGGGCUUGGCCAAGGUGGAGGUGCCCGGCUGUGUUCUUCACUCCCUCCGUGGACUUUAUUUAAUUUCAUAAACUGCCUCCUUCCCCACAGUC